AUGCCUGUCUAUGGACCGCGUUCGCAAAUCGCCAGACCGGCGAAUAAAGCCUCUGAUGUCGAUAGACUCGAUACAGCCAAACGAUCGAGCCGUCAUCGGCUGUCUAUGCUUCCACGCCCCAAUAUCGCGACGGCAUCCCCAAUCACGCCGGUGUCAGCGUCUUCGAGUUCCACCCAACGAUCGUUCUCAUCGGUCUCGACCCCGGAGACAAACCCAUCGCUGUUUGUUGCUGGUCAACAACUGCCUCCAAAGCGACUUCGAAAUGUCUUGCGAAGAAGAGCACCCACAAUAGGUCAACAUGUGGAGCAAUCCCAGUCCAACAAGCUCAGCCUCGUCAUCCCUCAGGACUCUCAGGACAACAUGAACAAUGUCUCCGCAUAUCAACCCGCCCCCACACCGACACCGUCGCAGUCUACAACUUCAUACUCGAGCCACAGGAAGAAUAGUAGUGGGACCUUGAAUUCGGCAAGUUCCAAAUUCAGUGGACCGAAGGAGCUGGCAAGUCUCCGAACAACAGUUGAUACCCAGAACCUGCCACCUCCUCCCACGCCCUUCUUUUCAGCCAGUCCCUCAACAAGAUACUCGGUGUCUCCGAGUAUCUGGAGUAGAGGAUCCACACCGACAUCGUUAUCAUCAUAUUCUCCGGGCAUUGUUCAAUCCAAGAUCGGUCGUCUGCGGCAGCCAAGUCCAUCCCAGACGAGGUUGCCUGUCUUCUCUCCGCCAGUUCAAGCAAGCCCUCAGCAGCAGCAGCCAGAUGUCGAGACCGAGAGCCAGCCGAAUGGCAUCAAAUUCGAAUCGAGAUCAGCACGCCCCAUGAAUGCGGGUAGAAGCAACCAAACCAAGUCGCCAUCGGUCGACACCAGGAAACCCCAUAUUCCCCCGUCAAACAAUCGCCCAAUUCAUCUCAGCUCUCCAAACUCUGCAGAGAUUGAUGUUGCAAAGGCCCGGAGAGAAGUCGAAGAAGCAGAAAAGCGUUUGUUUGAUCCGCAAGGGGUCACGGAAUGUUCCCCGCGCAGAGCGGAGCCACCGCAAACUCCACCACGACCGAGCAGAGAUGGAACCCAUCGUUUGGAAUUGGGAACAUCUCCAGUCGUUCAAAGCAAUCUGCGCUACCUCCGCUCAACAGGCCACACGAGACGCGAGUCACUCGAGAAAGCUCAAGCCAUCCAAAGACCGAGUCCAACCCCCAAUCAAUCAGCCAGUGCAUCGAUUGACUCGCUGCAUUCGAGGGGUUUAUCGCAAGUGCCCUCUCGCGAUGGCGCAUCACCAAUCCUCUCUCGAAAGUCACCCCGGACAUUGACAAAGGAGGUACCGAAGGAGGGCAUGGAGCCGAAAAUUCCCGUGUCGAAGCGAUUUGGGCUCUUUUCGAAAAAGUCAAAGCCAGAUUUGGCAGACGCUCCAUCUGAACAAACUCGCCUACCUCGCAAAGGCCCUACGGCGGGAACAGGACACGAAGGAUAUGGCAAAUAUGGACAGCGUGGCCGCAAGGCAAGUGGGAGCUCGAGCAGUGGUACGAGGACCAGGUCAACUAGCACGACUCGAAGCGCUGCCAGCAAGGGGAGCCAGUCGAGUCGACCGGAAUUGGAGAUUGAUGAUUUCUUGAUGAGUCGUCUUGAGCCCGUCAUCAUCAAUGGCGGUGGCAUGGAUGGUGCAUCUUUGUCGCGGACGCAGAGCGAGCAGAGUAUGAGCAGUGUCAGCGUUGCUUCUGUUUCCACCUUGCCUCGCCAAACACUGCUCUCAUACUCGACCGCCCCCUCGACUGAGUCUCUCGCCACUUCAGCGGAGACGUCUGGCGAGACUCUUACCCCAUAUAAAUUUGGGGGAAUGACUCGCAGCAAGAGCCCGGAACGUCGAACGAAGAGUGGUGUCCCUGCCAAUGUGCCGAAGUCGCGAAUGCCAGUGCCCAAAGGGAAGAAGCAUGGCGUAUAUUCGAAUUCUCAGGCCUCUGGAACCAGCACGUCUCUAUCAAGCCAGCAGUCAAGCAUUGCGGCUCCUAGCAUCAUUCCUCCAAGUCAGCCAAGCCAACCUGUUCAACAGUCUCCAAGGAAGCCAGCCAAGACCGUAAAUGCUGAGUCACAGAACGCGAAGAAAGAAAAACCAUCUAUGUGGAGUUUCUUCCACAAAAGUCGCGGCGCUGAUCAGAAGGCUGCACCUCCGACAACAGCGCCUCCAACCACCAAGCUUCACGCGGCCAUUACACCGGUGCCGAACACUCGACCUAUCGCCCAUUAUGCAUUAGUAGAUACUGAUUCGGAUGAGCUUGAUGAAAUCAUCAAGAACAUUGAAGACUCGCCGCCGAGCGAAGAAGAAGCGUUCAAACCAGUGGAAGUUCCCCGAGGUCUAAAUAUAAGAAAGAGAGAACCCUCCGUUCUGCUACCCUCUCCACCAAAGAUGCACGGCGAAUUUGAGAAGGAUGAUCGCCCAUCGCCACGGACGGCUAUGUUCAAUCGCAACCUAAUGCCCCAGGAGCUUGAAUCACCCGAACGAAAACCAAGACGGCUAGCCUCUAUCGGUCGAAUUCCCCAGGUAGUCUCAAGGCGUGACAGGCAUCAUCGACCUGCCAUGCAAUCUUUCUCCCGACCUUUCAGUGGUAUUGAGUCUCCGUCUAUGACGGUCCCAACGACUGAGAGUAUGCGGGACCCGCCUCUGUUGGCGAACGCUACUCCACAUAUGCAAACACCGAAUGCUCCAGCAAUCGCGCUUAAUGAUUCCCCGGAAUGGGGCCGCGGAUUCAACCCGACAUUCAGCGCAGCGGAGGAUACAAGUGCUUUAGAAUUCCUUGCUGGACCAUUCUCGACCUAUGAAUUUCUUCAGUUCCCGCCGAAGAAAGACUCAACCUCGUCAGAAAGCUCCGGCGCUUUGGCUGCCGUGACGGCUGUUGCACCAGUGCCUGGCUCUCCGCCUACCGAGGAUGAGGUGUGGAAUGAAUUUGAUGAUUUGAUUGAUCAUGUUUUAUCGCCGGACAAGCCCACGCCCAAGCCAGAUGAGACCAGUAAGGAGGAGGAGACGGACAGGUUUGAGCUCGCAACCAUGGCAAGCAGAGCUCUUCAAGAUGAGUUGAACAGCGCGCAUCAUCCCCAGUCUGUCCCUAGUGGCACGUCAGUUCGGUCGAGUGGCAGCUCGGUUCACCUGCGGAGGUCUCGAAUCGUGUCGGCCUUGCAGUCUUCCACGGCUCCUUCCUCUCAGCCUUCCUAUAGCGAUCUUGCUACGCCAUACGGGAACCUGAACGACGACAUGGAGGAUCUCACUGGAUCCACUGAGCCGUCUACCACCGAGCAAUGUCGGGAAAACCAGUCCGCAUUUCUAAACUCCCUCGCUGCCGUUCCCUCGCCUCUGCCAAAGGCUCACCGUGGGCAAGCUGGUCCUUCGGAGCAUGAGUUGGAUGCAGUCACUCAGACUAAUAUUCGUUCUGCCUCGCUGAUGACCAGUCGUUGGUUGUCUUUCGGUCGAGUCCUUUUCAGCCCAGCACAUAAUCACGUCAAAGCUGGAGGCCAGGGCCGGAUACUCGUGGUCGAUGGGUUGGGCAAUGAUGACUGGUCCUUCUACUGCUCUCUUACAUACCCCGAUGCAGAGGUGUAUAGUCUCGGUCUACGCCCGACCUCUACCUAUAUUCCUCAUCCCGCUGCGUGGCAGCCUCCGACAAACCAUCACACGGUAUACCACGGCGGACUUGGAAGCCCACUCCCCUUCCCGAAGGACUACUUCACCGUCGUUGUCCUCCGCUUCCCAGCCGUAUGCUCCGAGGCCGUGCAAAGCAACGUCGUCCAAGAAUGCAAACGCGUCCUCCGCACAGGCGGAUAUCUUGAAAUGACCCUCCUCGACCGCGACAUGGUCAACAUGGGCCCUCAAACACGCAAAGCCAUCCGCCAACUCAAGGAAAUAACCUACAUCUCCGACCCGACCCUUUGCCUCAAGUCCACCAGCGACAGCAUCCAACGCGAGAUCGGCGCUCAAGGCUUCGACAGUCUCCGUCGCUGCAUGGUCCGCAUCCCCGUAGCAGGAGUUGUCCUCCGAUCCUCCGACUCUUCUUCAUCCACUCGAUCCUUCUCAACAACCAACCCUUCCAUCCCACGCCCAACAAUCUCAAUCACAAACACCAACCAAACCACCAUCCCCACCUACCAAUCCCCAGACGCAAACAUCUCCCUCGGUGACCUCCUCUCCGACCCUUCCUCCCCAUCCAACGACGAAUCAAUCGCUAAGAUCGUCGCCCGCGUCGGAAGAUGGUGGUACUCGAAAUGCUACGAAGAUCCCAUCUCCCACAGCCAAACCUCCAUGUGGAACGACCGCAAACUCCUCCGCGAAUGCCAGAAGCGCGGAACCGGAUUCCGCAUGUUCAUUGCAUAUGCUCAGAAACCGAGCCAGGUUCCCCGGCGAACGGCGAGCGUGUAA